CCACGCCUUGCCAAUCAGUCAAGUUCUCGAAACAUAACAUUGGACUCCAAUGGGUCAAUCCUUUGUCGGUAGAAAUUAUCGAAUAAAAGACGUAAUACAUGAAGUAAUUGAAGCUUAGUCCAAGUGCGGCAAUUGAGCGCGCUAGUUUGACUUAGAUACUUGAGUGGGAGUUUUUGUUCUGUAACCAUGAAGUAUUCUGCGUUUAUUGUGCUGUCACUUAUGAUAUUAGUAACUGCAGAGAAUCAACUAACCGUCGAAGAGGUGUUGGCUCGCGUGAAUCGUCUUCCAUCGGCCUUACAGAAUGUCGUAUCUCGAGUUACAAAUGAGGUGCAUCUUAGAAAAAGUGGUAUGGACGACAGCCGUCGAAUAGUCGGGGGUGAAGAAACAACUAUCGAAGAUAAUCCAUAUCACAUUUCCUUGCUGUAUACGAAAGUGCAUAUUUGCGGUGGAUCAAUAAUUUCCGAUUCGUGGGUUCUUACCGCAGCUCACUGCCUUGAUUGGGGUCCACAGAACAUGGAUAUAUCGAUACGCUCAGGUAGCUCAUCCCGUACAACUGGGGGAACCAUUCACCCAAUAUACUAUUAUCACAUUCAUGAAGAGUACCUUCCAACUGAUUAUCCAUGGGAUGUUGCAACUGUUCGAGUUCGAUUGCCAUUUAGUGGAGCUGCACGCGCAAUUGUGCCACUAACUAGUUCAGAGUGGAUCAACGGAGACGUAAUCAUUACCGGAUGGGGUAAAAAUGCACAAGGCAUCAUACCGGACACCCUAUUCAAGGUAGUGAUCCCUGUUGUGGAUCGUACCACGUGCAAUGCUAAAUGGAAUGGACUGAUAAUGGAAGAUAUGAUAUGUGCCGGCGAUGUAGGAAUUGAUUCGUGCGACGGCGACAGUGGAGGACCCGCCGUUCAGAAUGGUAUCCAGUAUGGCAUAGUAUCCUGGGGUGGCACAAUCUGCGGUAGUGGGCUACCGGGGGUUUACACGAAUAUUGCACAUCCAGCGGUUAGGAAUUUCAUCAAACGUACUACCAUGGUGUAAUUGGCUAUUGGAUAUUGGUUUAAUUGCACGUAGUACAUAUAUAAACACGAAAAACUGCAAACAAUGCACACUGUCUAACAUAACUUUUAAUUACACAAUUAAAAUAUUACUCUUUCAGAUUCGGCAGACCACCUAUUUAAAGAUGGUUUGUUUUGUUAAAUUUCUGAUAUCCUUUGCAUAAAUAGAUUAGUUGUUUUAAAUUGUCACAAAAAUUACGUUGUUUAUUUUGAAGCUAUGAAGGUAUAAAUGCAUUUUUAAGUCCAGUCUCUUUUCUGUUGCUCAAAAGUGAAUAUUGAAGUUCCGGAAGAUAACACAUUGUUCCAGCCACAGCACAGCUAACUUUGGAUUCUGGUUUUCG